UCUGCUCCUCUCUAGUUCUCUUUUGUCAUUUUAAACCAUCGGAAAAAGAAAAAAAGAAAGUAGCGUAAAAAAGGCUAUUAAAACCUUGUUGCAGAGGACAAGUACUCGUCGGAAACCAUGGGAAGAGCUCCAUGUUGCGAGAAAAACGGGCUUAAGAAAGGGCCGUGGACGCCGGAGGAGGACAAGAAACUGGUCGAUUAUAUUCAGGAGCAUGGGUAUGGGAAUUGGAGGACUCUGCCAAAGAAUGCCGGGCUUCAAAGGUGUGGAAAGAGCUGCCGCCUUCGAUGGACUAACUAUUUGAGACCCGAUAUCAAGAGAGGCAGAUUUUCUUUCGAAGAGGAGGAGACAAUUAUCCAGCUACAUAGUAUUUUGGGCAACAAGUGGUCUGCCAUUGCUGCUCGCUUGCCUGGAAGGACAGACAACGAAAUCAAAAACUACUGGAACACACACAUUCGAAAGAGGCUCCUCCGAAUGGGAAUUGAUCCGGUGACACACAGUCCACGCCUCGAUCUCCUAGACCUCUCCUCAAUUCUGUACAAUUCAUCUCAAAUGAAUUUGUCAAGGUUUCUUGGGGUCCAAAGCUUAGUAAAUCCGGAGCUAUUAAAGAUAGCCACAUCUUUCAUGUCAUCCCAAAGGGAAAACCAAGACUUGCUUCUGCAAAAUCUUCAACAAAACCAGCUUUGCGAUUCCCAAAUACAAAACCAGAAUAUUCCACAGCUUCUCCAGCAUAAUGAACUUCAGGAAAUUCCAUUGACUACCCCUUGUGUUUCAUUCCCUAGUGAAGCACAAAUCGUGGAGCCCAAUGUAGAGCAAUUCGCACCAGAUUUUACCCAACCAGCGGAGUGGCAAUUAAGCAAUGGGAUGCCUUUGAAUUUUACUGAAGAACAACACUAUGUUCCUGAACUACAAGGUUAUAGUUAUUAUGGGUCUGAUCAUCAAACUAUGAUGGAUCCUUCCCCUGAAAACUCUGCUUUCUACUCCAACAACAGCAACCAGAAUUUCAGCUUCGCGUCGGUUUUAUCGACGCCAUCAUCAAGCCCGACGCCAUUGAAUUCAAAUUCAACAUAUAUCAACAGCAGCACCGAGGAUGAGAGGGAAAGCUACUGCAGCAACAACAUGUUGAAAUUUGAAAUCCCAGAUAUCCUGUGCGUUAAUGAAUUCAUGUAAUGUCAGAAACUGAUUGGAUGUAAGGAUUUCAUGAUGUAAUGUCAGAAACCGAUUGGAAGGGUUGUUAAAAUUUUCUGGGAUUUGAAAUUUAGUGCUGUUCAUAAGUGUAAACUUCUCUUAAUAAUUAAUUUG